AUGGCCGAUGCUUCAUCUUUGAUCCCGACGACAGUUCUCCAUGACCUCUCUCAUAAGCUAUAUGAAAAGCGCAAAAAAGCGGCUCUUGAGAGUUUACCAAACUCCCCUCAGACGAAUCAUCGUAAAGGAGGUUUGAUAGCAUUGGCUGCUGCAACAGUAGGUUUGGCUUCGGAAGCAGCACAACAUCUAGAGAGGUAUGUAAAUGUGGAUCUUUUGCUUGCGUUCCUAGGAUGUUCAUUUUUCACGGCCUGGUACGAGGAUGCAGUAGCAAUCCAGGCUCUUCCUUGCACUCAUCAUUUUCAUACGUCGUGUAUUGUGAAAUGGCUUAAGGUGAAGGCACUAUGUCUGAUCUGCAAGUACGACAUCCACAAGGGAAAAGACCAUGAGUAA